GACCUCGCCUGCAUGGCGUGUGAACUGGAUUCUCAGAACUGGUGAUGCUCAGAGUUUCGAGGAAACUUUUACAAGACUGUGACAGCAUGGCCACGACUGCAGAUGGCUGCAUUCAGUUCACACGCCAUGCAGGCGACGUCCUGCUCAACUUCAACCGCCUCCGCAGCAGGAACAUCCUGACCGACGUCACCAUACAGGUGGACGGACAGCAGUUUCACGCUCACAAGGCCAUCCUGGUGGCCUGCAGUGGCUUCUUUUAUUCUGUGUUCAUGGAUCCCGAGAACGCAAACCUUAGUGCCAUCAGCUUAGACCCCAAAGUGGACCCCAAGGGUUUGUCCCUCCUUCUGGACUUCAUGUACACGUCCUGCCUGAACCUUAACGACAGCCUGGUCUUGGCCACCCUGAACACAGCCAUUUACCUCCAGAUGGAACACGUGGCCGACACCUGCCACAGGUUCAUCAAGUCCAGGCAUCAGAGUCUGGAUGUGCCGACUGAAGAGGUACCGAACAACUCGUUGCACCUGGCCGAGGACGUCUCCGCCUUCAGGCCCGUCGAAGACAAAGAGCCAGACCUGGGAAACAACCGCACAUUGAACACAUCCCCCAGACAGGAGUGCAGGGGCUACAUCCCCAACGUCUUCAGGGGCAUCAACACCUCCGGCUCCUACCACGUCUACGGUGACCUCCACGUCCCUGCUGGGAAGAUCGAAGGUGCUCAUAAGAUCCGAUGCUCGCAGGUACCCAGCCCCAGCAUGGCUCACAGCGAGUCCAUCUCCCACUCUGUCCCAUCGUACCCCAGUUUCCCUCCCACCAUCAUCCGACCGGCGGUAGCCCACGGGAGCCUUCAGGGGCCCGCUGCCCCCAUGGAGGAAGACAGCGUUCAGCACCCGCAAACCAGCUGCGUGAGACUUUCCCCUGGCUUCAGCAAAGGUGUCAUCUGUAGCCCCCAAAGCCCCCUCAGAUCUGACUGCCAGCCCAACUCGCCCACCGAGUCCAGCAGCAGCAGAAACGCAAGCAUGAGCCUCAAACAGCCCUCAGAGUGCCCCAAAGACGCCAAGGCCCGCAACUGGAAGAAGUACAAGUUCAUCGUCAUGAACCAAACUCCCGAUGAGAACGGAAAGGAGGCCCAGGGAGGCGGCUCUGAUGUCGGAUCCGCUUCUCCAACGCUGAGCCCCUGCAGGAGCGGAGCGGCAGGCGGACAGAGCGAGGUCCAGCCAGAAGAGGGCGCCAACGAGCACAGAGAAGACAUGCCCUCAUCUCAGAGCAGCGACAGCUGCAGCAGUAUUAGCCACCACAGAUGCUCCUCCUGCGGCUGUGACAGCCCCCGGUGCAUGGAAAUGGGUCAUCUUUCUCCGGCCUCGUACAACAGAGACGACAGCACCAAGCUACACUCAGACUAUUCCUCCUCCAGCUGUGAAAACAACAUUUAUUUCUGCAACGGGUGUGACUCCAAGUUCACGGAAGAAGAUUCCCUGAAAGACCACAUGGUCCAGGUCCACAGCGACAAGCCAUACAAGUGUGACUGCUGCCAGGCGGCGUUCCGCUACAAGGGCAACCUGGCCAGCCACAAGACUGUUCACACGGGUGCGAAGCCAUACCACUGCAACAUCUGCGGUGCUCAGUUUAACCGACCAGCCAAUCUGAAGACGCACACCCGAAUCCACUCUGGAGAGAAGCCAUACAAGUGCGAGACGUGCGGUUCCAGGUUUGUCCAGGUGGCCCAUCUUCGCGCCCACGUGUUAAUACACACGGGAGAGAAACCGUACCCCUGUGAGAUCUGCGGCACGCACUUCCGCCACCUUCAGACGCUCAAGAGUCACAUGCGCAUUCAUACCGGGGAGAAGCCUUAUCAUUGUGAAAAAUGUGACCUGCACUUCAGACACAAGAGUCAGCUGAGGCUCCAUCUCCGGCAGAAGCACGGCGCCGUCACCAACACCAAGGCUCAGUACCGCAGGUCUCCCGGCAACAUGAUCACAGGCCUGCUGAGCUCCUGCUGAGUCGGCGGCACGCCUAUCAGUUGUUGUUUGUUUGUUUGUUUUCCACGGGCCACCAUGCUGUCAAAAGUUUGUGUUUAUUUUCCUAAACGCAAACAGAAAACCUAAAUAUUCUCUAUAUUUGCCCUUUAUGUAUUUGUAUGCACAUUUCUUAACUCUUUGGUAUUUCAAAGACUGUAGGAGUUUAUUCUGCUCUCGUCGUGAAUGUCUAACAACAGAAUGUACAUCUUGAAUGUGAAUCUGAGUCGGUAUUUCUCUGUUUCGCCAAUCGCUCGACAGAACGUGUGCGUCGAAGGACAGUCCUCCUUUUCACCCGAGGAUCACUGUUACACUUUUGCUUCAGAUGUUGGCGUGAGUUUGCCCGGUCACGUGGUCUUAUGCAGUGUUAUUUUUUCCAUAAGACUGUUCCUGUAAAUAAGAUAAUAUAUAUUUUCAGAUUGCCGUCUGCUGGCAGAAUAUAUUGAGUACGUUUUUGUUUCUUACGAGCAGUCAGUCACACCGGGGCUUGUCGUUUCGCCGUGUCGUAGCUCGUGGUACAGGUUGUAAGAAAUGGCUCCGUGUUGUACAUAUUUCCUUUCCCCAGUCGUUUCUAGGUUGGUUGUUUUGCACAUACUCAUGAUGCUGUAAUCCGUAUAUUUUCAUACUUGUCAUUCAAAUAUUUCUACUUAAAAAAACAAUGUUCAGUUUGUUAAACCCCAUUCCCAGCACUUGUUAUAUUCUUAUUUAUAUUUUUUAAUUUGCCGUAUUCACUUACAUUUGGUGCUGCGAUGAUCCAGUUUUCUCAACGGGAUCAUUAAACUCGUUUUUUUUUUGUUUUUUUUUUUAACCGUACGUAUUAUAGCGCACUCAUACAAACUAGUGUAACGAUAGUGCCUUACAUUCACACUUUUCUAUUGGCUACGUUCCCAGACUAACUAUCGGUGCGUUUUACUUUUGACAACACGACAGCCGCGGUGGCUGUGAACUGCUUUUGUCCGGUACUCGGCCCCGUUGUCAUGCAUGUCCAGGUACUGUUGUUUUGGAAGCUUCUAAUCUGUUGUGUGUAGCUCUUGAAAUGCAGACGCACCAGGCCUCAAGCUAAAACACUCAGGAAUAAUAGUAAUAUGUCAGCAAAUGUCUUUGUAACUGCAGAUUAUAUAUAUAUGAAAUAUAUAUAUGAAAACAUGAAAAUAAAAUGUAUAUUAUGUAGCAUG